AUGCCUGCGCUAUUCCUGCUGCUUGUGUGUGGGACAGUCCUGCAUGCUGUAGGUGCUGCUGCGUCUCGUCUGCCACCGCCGUCGUCGCCGCCGAAGAACAAGAACAUACCGCCGGCUGCGUUGCUGACGAGGCCCCCACUUCCGUCACCACCGCUGAGCAGGCCAUCGCCGCUGCCGCAGCUGCCGCCACCGCCGCCACCGCCGCCAUGCAAGGCCUUCGAAGUCUGCGCCCAAUUAACAUUGACAGUUUCCGAUCAAACCGGCAACAGCACAAAGCUUUUCUUAAGUCCGGCUGACUGUGGCGCGCAUUCUACAAUCGCUUCUCGCGACCUGACCGCUGUCCUGACCACCAGCGGCGUCAACGGUAGCACGGCUGUGCGGAGCGAAUGUGCCACGUCGGAGGGCUAUAUGUUUCGGGUUUGCGUCUCGGCAGGAAGCGCCGCACCUGAUCAGAAGCAACCGUCGGAGGCCACCCUGCGCUUGCUGGCGGAGAAGUGGAUGUUGAAUGCUGCUAUUGCUGUCAAAUCUUGCACAGCCUCCAUGCCGGCAACCUGGUCGACGUAUGCGAUGAAUACCGUGGUGACUGACAAUAGCCCGCCCAGCGGCUGUCUGUUCCCUAGAGCGAAUACGAGGACCAGCAAUUUAGCCAUCACGUGCACCUCUUUUGACUGA